AGUGUUUCCCUGGUCCAAUUAGAAAACCACUUGACCAAGAUCUGGAAUAACCUAAUCCUACUACCGAUGCACCAAUCCAUCCGAUCUACCGCUCAUCUCUCAACCAGACGGUCGUCGUACGCUAUAUCGCUCUCUUCCUCUUCCCCUGCACGCAGUCUACACCACGCCGUUCUUCUAAGCUGAGGUUAAUCGAUUAUUACUAUCUGUCAUCUUAUUUUAUCGCAUCUUGUUUGGUUUGUUCUUACAUAUCUUUUUAUAUAUCUCAUUAGCUGUGAAUAGAUCGAUAAAGCUUAGAGGGCGUUGUCGAGGCUUGCCUUCGUACGGAGGAAUGCCAAAAUUCUGCAGAUUAACUGAAGCUUUUGGUUAUAAAAUUAAGUCCUGGCAACAAAUUUCACAUUGUUUGCUCUCAAAGUGGGAAAGUCUAUUUAGCUUUGCUACUUGAUUUUACCAGAGGUGUGAGUACUAUAUAAGCUAUGGCAGAGAUUCGGACUUCUGGGAAAUCAAUUGAUCAGUUGUUGGAAAAGGUUCUGUGUAUGAACAUUCUUUCUUCCGAUUAUUUUAGAGAUCUUUUGCGGUUGAAGACAUAUCAUGAAGUGAUUGAUGAAAUUUACAAUCAAGUUGAUCAUGUGGAGCCAUGGAUGACUGGAAACUGCCGUGGUCCUUCAACAGCGUUCUGCCUUCUUUACAAGUUUUUUACAAUGAAACUUACUGUCAAACAAAUGCAUGGUCUUCUAAAGCACGUGGAUUCACCGUAUAUCAGAGCUGUGGGAUUCUUAUACCUCAGAUAUCAUGCAGAUCCUAAGACAUUAUGGAGUUGGUAUGAGCCAUAUCUUAAAGAUGAUGAGGAGUUCUCUCCUGGAUCUAGUGGUAAAAUGACUACUAUGGGCGUGUAUGUGCGCGACUUGCUCCUGGGACAGGUCAGGUGCCAAACCAUUUAUCUCAUAAUUACUUAAUAAUCAUUGCUUCUUUUUUCACUCUACUGCUUCACGUUUCAGACACUCAUAUGAUUUGCAAACUGAAUUGUUCAUUAUUUCAGUUGAGGCAAGUUUAUGCUCUCUUUCUAUGUAUACUUCACUGGCACAUCUAAGUUAAAUCUUUCUCAAUUGGAUCUGUUACUUCUAUAAAUUAUUUGCAAGUAUGUGUUUAUUAUUUUAAAGGUUGUGGAAUGUUUGUGCUCCACAUGGCAUUAUUCACUGAUUCACAUAGGCAUGACCAUGCUACACGUUUAUGCAUGCAGACCUAACCUCAUAGAUUUUUUUAUGUUUCUUUUUUAUAUAUAGUAGGAAGAAUGCACAAGUGAUGUGAAAGUUGUAUCAACCUAUUAGGCUAUUAAGAAUGCCAAUUACAACAAAAUUUCAAUUAACCUCAAUAGAUGCUAACCAUGUAAUUGAGUCAUACUGAGAUCAUGAGAUUUACUGUUAUCAAUUAAGGUGUUUUCUCCAGUCCUGGGGAGUGGGGAAUAGUGUAAUCUCACUUUUUGCCUUAUCCUAAGUGCUUGCCUUAAACACACUGAUUUUGUUAAUCAUGGGAACCAUUACUAUCUUUCACUUGUUCAAAUGUAUUGAUCAUGUGCAAAUAUGGUUACCAUGAUUAUUAUUUUUCAAUGAAGGCUCACUUUGCCAAGAUAAUAAAUUCUUGACUUUUUUUUAAUCCUGAACAUUGAUUUGACUGAAGAUAUUAACUUUCUCUACACAGAAAGCUUCCGUAUAAUUUUUCCAUUUUUUUGAACUAUCAAGUUGACAAGGAAAUGAGGAAACAGCAUGUGGCAUACUUAAUUGGGUACUAGCAGCACUGGCCUGUCAUUCUGCAGUUUGAUCAGUAAAACUUAUUUUGCCUCUUUACUGUUUGCUAUGCGCUUGUUUUGUUUGUGAGUGGGGAUUUCAGAGGGGAGGAAAGAGGAGGGAUAAAAUGUUGUAUAAUUUCUUAAUUUAUUGUCACAUUUAUUUGGUUGGUAAUAAAGUGAAGACAAAGAAGUAUACAAAAAGACAUGAUUUUACCAUAAUAUAUAGAUUUUUUCUUGUCUUCACUGACGAAUAGAGAUUUGAAUAGAGAUAUGUUGGUAAAAAGGCCUCCCCACCUAAUCACCUAAGCAAACAAGACAUAAAUUUUUCCACUCCAUUUUUUAAAUAUCUGGAUUUUUUUUGUUUUUUUAUUAUCUGGAUAUGUAAACUGCACUUUGAGUAUCUGGAUAUUUAAACUUCACUUCGAGUAUUUUACAGUGUUUUGUUUGUGGCAAAAGCUAACUGCUCUGUAGAUAUCAUCCCCUUGAUAUGGGAAGUGAACUUUUAUGUUUUACUUGAUUGCAGUACUAUUUUGAUACACUUUUGCCCCGCAUCCCGGUCCCCAUAAUGCGCACGAUGGUAUCAAAUCUUGAGAAAAUGAAGUUUCCUACGAAACCUUCUGGUUCAACCGGGGAUUCAAGCCGAGGAUCAGAAGAAACUGCUCGCCGGCCACCUUCAGUCAAAGCCUCCCUCUCUGUCUCAUUCGGUCAGCGCGCGCCUCACCGUGCGUCAACCCGAGAUUCAUCCCCUAUCCGUCGUACACUGACAUCAGCAUCAUCAUCUACCUAUGAUGAUGCUAGAAGGUCCCCUGCUAACCGUCGUAGUCAAAGCCGCGAUAGAGACGGGGACCACCGGUCGCAUGAUAGAGACUCAGAUAGGGGUAGGGAUCGGGAGAGAGAGAGGAGGAAUGAUUAUGAUAGGGAGAGGGAGAGGGGUAGAAGGCAUGAUGAUUAUGAUAGGGAUAGGGAGAGGAGAAGUAGAAGGGAUAGGGAGAGGAGCAGGAGUAGAAGCAGGAGUAGGAGUAGGAGUCAUGGUGGCAGUCAUGCUGAUUAUCGGCGAAGCCCGGCAGCAAAGGAUGAUGUAAGCAAAGAUAAGGCUUCUGGGGUCUCCAGCAAUCUGGCAAAGCUUAAAGACAUCUAUGGUGACUUGAGUAGCAGUCAAAAGGAUGACGGAAACUAUGAUAGGGGGGCUUCUAGGAGGGACACCAGUACGGAGGAGGUUAUCCGACUUGGUGGUUCUACUUGGAGAUAGAAAACGGAAAACACCCUUAUGAUGUGAAAUGUAAGAGGUUAUGAUGAUCUGCGUCUGCCUUGUACCGUCAGUUGGCACGGUAGCAUGAUGUAUAAUAGACAAAGUUAGCUUGUGUUAUUCUGUUGGAUAUUUAUAUUUCACGGAUGUGACACAUUUGUCUAAUUUUCGUACUUUCCAUUGAUACAACUGAGUUGAGAUUGCAUUUAUCCUACUUAUGGAGUUAUGGUCAUGGUCUUUUUCAUUGUCAAAUAUUUGAUAAAUUUCUUUAAUAAAACUACUCCCUUCUAUAA